AUGGAUAUGUUUUCAACUGACUCUGAAGCUCAUAGAUUAUUGUCGUUAGGUCGUGUUGGAGUGAUCAAGAACAUUAAUUUUUCUCGCAUAUAUAUUUUAAAUUUAUGUAUAUUACCCAACUCCUCUCAGGCAUCGAACUUCUUCGGUAAACCCUUAGGCGGUCAUGACAGUAACAGCUCCGGUAUGAUAGACUAUACGCUCAACGGAGACCUUCAACCGCAAAAGCAACCAAUGCUACAACAGCAGCCGCAUCAACUGUCCCCUUCCGAAUUUGGAGCAACGCCUUUUUUUGAUAAAAAGACAUUUAUAGACAUGAUGCAUUUUGCAGACUUCGGUCCGAAAUUGGCGUUGAACCGGACCAAUAACCAAGCCGUUCAAGAAACCGGGUUUGAUCCGGUUUGCUUCUUGAAGUUCCCAGUCUUGAAGGAAAGGAUAGAGGACCAUAUUCGAACCCAGCAUCUCAUGUCUUCUCAUAGGACGCCUCAGGAGGGAGGUGAGUGCGGAGGAAACAUUGGCUGCGUUUUUCUUGAAGACCAAGACAAUAACUCCAGGCGACUCCGUUUUAUUAGAGGAGGAGAAAAUGAAGAUAGGGACAACAAUAAUGUUACAACAAAGGAGGUGAACAGCAAGAGGAAGAGAGCUAGAACAAGCAAGACCAUCGAAGAAGUGGAAAGCCAACGUAUGACUCGUAUCAUGGUCGAAAGGAAACGUAGGAAGCAAAUGAACGAGCAUUUACGUGUCCUCAGGUCCCUCAUGCCUGGCUCCUACGUUAAAAGGGUAUGAUAUUCAUAAAUAUAUAUGUACAACUAAACCUUGUGAGGGAGUGUGCUUAUGCAUAGUCGACGCUCCUACUCUAGGAUUCAAUCACUUGAAGAAGCUGAACUUUGGGCAAUUUUAUGGGCAGUUGAGAGUAUGAAAUCGUUGAGGCUUGACAACAUAAUUUUUGAGUCUUCCUGUGCUCACGCACGGCGCGUAUUAUAUAACGGGGAUGGUCAGGUAUGUGCUCCUGAAUCCUCUCGGGUGUCAUAUUCUAUCAGAUCUCAACUACAUCUUUUGAGGGGUUGGAGCCUCAACCACAUUCUCCCAGCAAGAAACUCUAUAGCCUUGAGAAUAGCGGAGAGUGUAACUUCUGAUCAUCGGUACCAAUCUUAUAUAGCACGGAAUGGUCCAUCUUGGCUUCAGCACGCGAUUGCAGGAGAAGCCUAGACCUUGGUCUUAGGAGCCACGUUCCUAGGGUCUAGAUUCUUAGUGGCUGUCUCCUUGUCUUAGCUUCAUCUUUUAAUCUUUCCAUAUUAGUGUUUCCUCCCUAUUGGGUUGGUUUUUUUUUGUUUCUGUUUGAUAGGUGUUGACCUUUGUCCACCAUGUUACAUUUGGCUGUAUCAGCCUUUGGAUUUGAAUGGUAUUCUUUCAGUGUUAAAAAAAAAAAAAACCGUCUCAAACUAUACGUAAAUAAACUGAAUGUUAUGCAUAUAAUAGGGAGACAAAGCCUCGAUCAUAGGAGGUGUAAUAGAGUUUGUAAGAGAGCUCGAGGAACUCCUACCGUGUCUGGAAUCACAAAAGCGUCGGAGAAUCUUGGAAGAAACCGGUCAUAGGCAAACAAGGGGCAUGACCAGGCCAACAAAUCCUUCUUCUUGCCCCGUAACUAGGGUAGCUAACCAAACUCAACCGCUCAUAAUUACCAAAAAUAUAACCGAGCUAGAGGGCGGAGGAGGACUUCUGGAGGAGAUGACGGAGAACAAGUCAUGUUUGGCUGACGUGGAGGUUAAGCUACUAGGGUUUGAUGCCAUGAUCAAAAUACUAUCAAAAAGAAGACCAGGCCAAUUACUCAUGACUAUGGCUGCUUUGGAAGAUCUCCAUCUCUCUAUUCUUCACACUAGCAUCACUACCAUGGAACAAACCGUCCUCUACUCCUUCAUUGUCAAGGCAAGUUCCACUUGCUUACAUAUAAUAAUACUAAUAGGCGUUUAAGUACCAAUAUAAUUACCAAUUUUGCUGUGGCACUAAGAUACACAUUAUUUAAGGGCCUAAAAUAAAUACAUUAUAUUUGUUCAUUAACCUCUUUAUGUAGUAACUGCUAAAGGUUAACAUGAGGUCGAUGUAAACAUGUGCAGAUUACAAGUGAAACGAAGUUUACGGCGGAAGACAUAGCCAGUUCCAUUCAGCAAAUAUUUAGUUUUAUUCAUGGAAGUACUAUCAUGUAAGGAUUUACAUAUUUGUCCCUAUGUUAAUACUAUUUCGCUUAAAGAUACUUUAAUAAUUUUAUGUUGGUGACCUUAAAAACAAAAGUUGUGUUGGAUGCAUGUUGGUUGUCCUUUUGUUUUAUUUAUUUGCACAUUUUAGAUGUCAUUAUUUUAUUGUGUUAGAUUUGGUGUAGCAUCAAGACUUAAUUAAAAUUUAUGUUGUGGCAUGUUCGCUUAAUUUGUUUUUUUUUAGGUGCUAAAUGUUAAAAACAAUCUUAUUUUUUUCCUGUAGAAGCAUGAAACCCAAGGUCAAAAUACGGUGGAUUAUCAUUUUGAUAUCUUUUAUUGCAAUAUUAAUGAAAAUAGAAUACAUUUAGAAUCAUUAUAUGGAAAUAAUUGGUCAUACAUUAUACUACGAAAAAUAUCAUGAAAUAAUGAAAACUAAAUCUCGAUCCGCGCAACCGCGCGGAUUUUUGUUUUUAUUUAUUUUUAUAU